ACAAGCACCAGUUUCACGGCACGACCAAACUCCCACUUGGGUUUAGUGUCAUUCAGGGAAAGGCGGUCACCGUCCCGCCUAACGCCUUCAGCAGCACAUCGCAUGUUCACCACGUCCGAUCGAUCACCGUCGCUAUCGGUCGGUCGGUCGGUCAGUUUGAUAUCCCUUUCCCCUGCCGUUACGCCUGUCGCCUGCCGGGCUGAUGGUGGAUGGCCGGCAAGCGGGCGAGCGACUGCUGAGACAAGCUUCACCAUCCUUCCCUGCCUCUCACUUUUGAUCUCUUUUCCCAUUUUGUCUUCGGCUUUCGAGGUGGACAAGCAUCUCCGCACCCAUGCUUGUCGCUGUCGGUAUCGUGGGGGACCUCGUCCUCGCAAGGGACUCCCCUCUCUCUGUAUCCCUUUCGGGGUUUGGGUGUUUCUAUUUCCGUAUAUUCUCCAUGCCCUGUUUAUCAAUCUGUCAUUGAUGUUUCAUAGAUUGGGUUAGUACCAUAGCGGGCACAAUCGGCGGGCGGCGGGGUGAACAAGAGGACCGGGUCCGGGUGAGGGGUGGUGACCUUCGUUGAUGAUGAUUAUCAUAUGAUGUUGAACUCCGCAGUUGGGUACCAACUUUGUACGCUCAGGUGUAGGGAAUAUCCGUGUCUUUUUCAGGUUUCUAGAAAUUGAAAUCGAAACAAAGACUAGAGAUUGAAGAUUGGAAGGUUGAUAACGGUGAUGACAAUAAAUGUCCUCUCCUUUUCCCAUAAUAGUGAACG